UAAAAAAAAAAAAAGAGUAAAUCGCGAUAGGCUUCGAAGUUGCAAGUAGGUGUAUUGGUUGUUCUGCGUUGGAAGCUGUGGUGGUUUGAAGUGAAGGAAAGGAAGGUGUUUGAUAGAAACAGAAUAUGGUUAGGAGCGCCAAUUUCAGUUGCUGGACUCAUUCCAAAACCGUUUCUUUCAUCUGGCUCUUCUCUGCCUUCCUCUUCUUCACUCUCUUCCACAUGCUCCUCCUCAACAACUCUUCUUCUUCUUCUUCUUCUUCCUCUUCCACUUUGAACUGGGACCGAAGAUCCAACUUGUAUCACAACAUGGAGCGAGAUCUCGAUCAGCAUGGACCUGCUUUCCUCAAACACGGUCAAACCUCUCAGUCCUUGUCUCUUUCCGAUAUCUUCACUCUUAACCAUGGAUCUGUAACGCCUCUACUCAAGCCUGCAAAUCCUCCUGUCAGAGCUAAUGUGUUGUACAUGAGCCCCGAAUUCUCUCUCCCUAUCGCGGAGGCUGUCAAAAAUACUUUUAAUCCAUACUUUGAUAAAGCAAUCUGGUUUCAGAACUCUACUCUCUACCAUUUUAGCAUGUUUCAUGCCUCCCACCAUAUUCAACCUGUUCCUGCCACAAAAGAAGAGAUAGAAGCCGAAGCAUCUUCUGUUCAGGCUGUUGCAAGGACUCUCUGCCCUUUGAAAAUUGUUUUGGAUAGAGUGGUUUUGACUUCAACUGGGGUGCUCCUCGGUUGCUGGCAGGUCAACUCGGGGACAGACCCCAUAACUAUUCGCGCAAAGUUGAAGGAGGUGCUUCCACAUGCACCACAGAAGCAGCUUUAUGAUGCUGCAAUUCUUCACACAUCAUUUGCAAGGCUCUUGGGACCCCCUAGAGCAUCACCUACGGAGCUGCCUGAAACAUCGGACAGUGUCCAAUUUUUUCAUGAUCUGGUUAAUCGACUUAACCGUCAGAUCCGUGGAUUCAAGGCAGAGGUGUCAGAACUAUGGUACGUGGAGGAAUUUGAUCUGCUUGCUCUUGCUCUAAAUGGAAGAAUGAACACUCGAAAAUACAAACUUGGCUGCUCAAGAGCCUGAAGUUAGAAACCCACGAACAUGUACACACACGAAUGACACGAUGUUAUGAAUUGACUCUUCUUUUUUUUCCUCUGUAAUAUUUUAAGUUUAGCCCAAAAGAUGUUAUGAUGGUAAUAAUAUUAAACCAGAGUUAUAUAUUGGAAAUCAAUUUCACAAUUCAGUUUAAAU